CGCUCACCGAAACGAUCCGAUAAGACCUCGCGGAACAUCCUCAACCUCGCCCUCAACAAAAAUCCCCGAACGUCCUCUCUUCAUGUUUUUGUCCAGCAUCUAGACGACCGGCUGCGAAGGCUUCGAAUUCCACUAUUAAUUUAUUGGAAUUCCAGUCUACAUCGGGCUAGUUGAGACCUUUGACUCGAAAUUAUAGCUUGAUUCCGAUAGAUCAACAUAAUGGCUUCAAUCCUUUCCUUCAGACAAGUCCCUCUCGGGAUUGCGCGACGACAAGUCAAGGUCAAUUAUAUUGCGAAGCCCAACACCGCGUCUCAAACCCAGAGCUCCGCCUACCCACUGUACCCCUCAGUCGCUCAGCUCCUCCAUCAAAAGGGUGUUCCCGAUUCCGAAGUUUCAAAAAUCCCUGCCACAGGACCCAAGGGUCGUCUUCUCAAGGGCGAUGUUCUCGCAUACCUAGGUACCAUCAAGGCCGACUACCCGGCCGAACAAGCGGCGCGACUUGCAAAAAUGGCGCAUUUAGAUCUUAGUAACAUCAAAAUUGCUGCUCCUCCUGCACCUCCCAAGCCAGCUGUUGAGGAAUCUCUCCCCGAGUUGCCCUCUGAUAUCUCCGUCGCCGCAUCGAUCUCUCUCAAAUCCGUUCUGUCCACUCAAAAGCGCAUCCAGGAGACUAUUGGCGUGACCAUUCCACUCUCUACUUUUAUCGCGCGUGCGACUGAUCUCGCAAAUGAUGAUUUACCUCGAUCCUCACUUUCUCAGCCCUCGGCAAGCGAGCUCUUUGACGAAGUUCUUGGAACGGCACCCAUCAAAUUUACGCGUGGAAGCUACAUCCCGGAGAUCAAUGCUGUUCCCAUGGAGGAAUUCGAGACGUACGAGGAUGAUGUGUUUGUUGAAGAAGAAGAUAUCAUCGAUAUUCUGGCUGGAAACACCACCUCCGCGCCCAAGCGCACCGCCGCGCUGCCCGAGAAGGGUCCUCUGCCCGCUGCGCUGAACGUAUUCAGUGUCACCGUCCCUGCUGGAGAGGAGCAAAGGGCAAGGACAUUCCUUGAUCGCCUGAAUACGAUUCUGACUGCUGAUCCCGGCAGGCUGGUUCUGUGAACCUGCAAAUGAAGAUAAUAAUGUAUGAUAGAUUGGCAUCAAGGCAAAACAAAACCAUGUGCUCAUUAUUUCUUUUGUAAUAUAUAGCUGGCGGUCUAAAUUAAUGGAGUUUUCGUAUUUAAUUUUGGUAUUAACACAAU